AUGUCCGCUCGGAACGCUGCUUGCGAGGAUGCUGAGGUUUUACGGGGGAAGAAGAAGGCGAACAACAGCGAGAAAAUUGAAGCAUUGCCGCCAGACGUGGAGGGAACGCAUAUCCCGCUUUUCCCCGGGCAGAUGGAUCCUUUAGCGCAGGCGAAAAAACUGCGUGAAGAGGCGGAAGCUCGACGGAAAAUUCUGAUGGAAAAAGAGGAAAAUCGAAACGAUGACCAAGAAGGGUUAGAAUGUGACUUGGGCGGGCCAUGCGGGAUAGAGGAUUUAUUGACCGAUUUGCAGCGGCUACCGGACCCACCUCUCAGCGACUCUCUGCGGAUUGGACUUGUUUGUGGAGAGGCUCAUACGGAGCGUGUGAAGGGGCUGUUGGCGAGGCAAAUGAGGACUAGUUUCAAGGGGCAGAUGAAGCAAUACGAAUAUGACUUGAGGAAACCUCCGAGGGUUGAUUGGGUUUAUUCGUACUACAUCCUGCUGCCUCUGCUGGUUUGGAUUCCCCCGUACUUGCUUCUCAAAUUCUUCCCCAAGAAGGAAACCAAGGAAGAGAAAGCUCUGAAGGCACCAGCUGUGUGGCAAGCGAAAGAUUCGGUGGCUCCUGAGGAGCCUACACCGGUGGACGCGGAACGGGCACGGCUGUUGGCGUGGAAAGUGCAGCAGUUGAGGGGGGUCGAUAUUGAUAGUGUUGAGGAAGAGAACAAGAUUGCAAGAGUUGAAGUGAAUAGAAAAGUACCACCGCCUGGUGUUGUUGAACUACCCUCUGCUGGAGAUGGCGGGGUGUGGCGGCGACGGCAGGUUAUCGAUGAUGAUGAGGAGGAGGAGGAUGGGAGCACUACGUGA